UGAUAACUCGUGAAUAUGUUCUCCUUUUCUUUUCCUCUCCUCUCCAGGGAGCAGGAGGCUGAAGAGGAGGUGGAGCCUGAAGAAGAGGAGGAGGAGGAGCAUGAAGAGCAGCAGGUGGAGGUAGAGGAGGAUGAAGAGCAACAUGAGCAUCAAGAACACCAAGAUCAAGAUGUCCAGGAGGAAGAGGAAGAGCGCCCAAAGCCCAAACCUCUGGUCCCCCAAAUGGCCCCUCCGAAGAUUCCUGAGGGGGACCGAGUGGAUUUUGAUGACAUCCACAGAAAGCGUAUGGAGAAGGACUUACUGGAGCUGCAUACUCUCAUCGACGUCCACUUCGACCAGAGGAAGAAGGAUGAGGAGGAACUCAUCAGCCUGAAGGACCGAAUCGAGAACCGUCGGUCGGAGAGAGCUGAGAUCCAGAGGGUCCGAACGGAGAAGGAGAAGGACAGACAAAACAGGAUCACGGAGGAGCGUCACAGAAAGGAGGAAGAGGAGGCCAAGAGGAAGGCAGAUGAUGAUCUCAAGAAGAAGAAAGUGCUCUCUGGCAUGGGAGCAAACUUUGGAGGCUUCCUGGCAAAGGCAGAGACGAGGAAGGGGAAGCGUCUGACGGGUCGAGAGAUCAAGAAGAAGACCCUGGCCGAGAGACGGAAGGCGCUAAAUGUGGACAACAUGAGGGAGGACGCACUCAAGCAAGAAGCUCAGGAGAUGUGGAACUGGAUCUACCAGCUGGAGUCGGAGAAGUUCGACUACGUGGAGUACAUGAAGCACCAGAAAUACGAGAUCAUCGUGCUGCUGAACAGAAUCCAACAUGCUCAGAAAUUUAAGAAGAUCCACGGCAAAGGGAAGGUGGGCGGUCGCUGGAAGUAAAGGACGGAAAGAAGAGCAAUCGAAUGGAUAAUUGAAGGUGGAGGCCGUGGAGGCGUCGCCCGUGUGACAGAUACUGAAUGUUUAUUGAUAAUAAAACCACCUGCACUCA